UUUCAUCAAUGCUCGGUACGUCAGUCCGCCAGAAGCAGUUUGGCGACUGUUUUCGUACGAGUUGCAUAAGCCGAGUCACAGGGUGAUCAGGCUUCCAGUCCAUCUGGAAGACUACCACACGGUGUACUUCGCUCCGGGACAAGAACUGGAGCGGGUGCAAAACGCAGCGCUGGCCCGAACAAGACUCACGGCGUUCUUCUCGCUCAACGAGACGGACCCCGAGGCCAGACAGUAUCUCUACCAUGAGAUACCGAUGCAUUACACCUGGGCGGAAAGAGACAGGAGGUGGAAUCGGCGCCGAAGGGUAAUGCCCAACGAGACGUUGUCUCGGAUGUACGCGGUCAACCCCCUAGAUCGAGAGCGAUUCCUCUUGCGACUGCUGCUGCUACACAGGAGAGGUCCUCAGUCGUUCAGAGACAUGAGGACCGUCGACGGGAUCGUGUAUCCGACCUACGCGGCGGCGGCGGUGGCGCUUGGACUCCUGGAGGAUGACCAAGCCCUGCUGGCGUGCAUGACAGAGUCCGCGGCCGUGGACACUCCCGCACAGCUGCGUUACCUACUGGUGACGAUCCUGCUGUACUGCGAGGCCGCGGAUCCGCUGGCGUUAUACAUGGCAAGCGAGGAAGACCUGAGGCAAGACUUCUUCCACAGACUGAGAGACGAGGACCGCGCGAGGGCCGCGUGCCUGGACGCCAUCGGGCGGCUGCUGCAGGGUCACGGUAAAACGCUGGCCGACUACGGGUUGCCGAAUCCGGACGUCGCGCUGCUCGAAGAGGACGCGGGCGGAGAC